AGCUCAGAAGGUGCAGAGAGAGGAGGAGGAUCGUCUGUUUCUGCUGCUGCUGCUGCUGCUGGAGGAGGAGGAGGAACUGGGAUCUUUAACUCCGGGACGGCGCUAUUUCAAAUGUUCGUUAAUUAAUGACAAAACGAUCGAUGUGAUUAGAUCGACUGUGCGCGGAACAUUAAUGCGAAUAGGUUGACCCCCAACACUGACACCGUGACUCUGGAAAUCCGAUCAGAGUUUGGACGGACCGAAUCCCCGGCGGGCCUGUGAGCGAUCGUCGACAUGUUUGUGAGAACGAGGGCCGUCGUGCUGCUGCUGUGUCUCCUGGCGGCGGCGGAGGCCAGGGCCUCGAGGUCGGCCCGCGACUCCCAGAGCGUCCCGGACCCCCUGGAGCCCUCCGAGGGCAACGUGUCCGUCCAGCUCCCGCCGCCGCAGCCGGACCGCCCGCGGAGGCCGUACCCGCCCAUGUGCGUCAAGCCGACGGAGAUCAGACACGCCUUCAAGUACGUGAACACCAUCAUCUCCUGCCUGAUCUUUGUGGUGGGAAUCAUCGGCAACUCGACGCUGCUCAGGAUCAUCUACAGGAAUAAGUGCAUGAGGAACGGACCCAACGUGCUGAUUGGCAGCCUGGCACUCGGAGACCUGCUGUACAUCAUCAUCGCCAUCCCCAUCAACGUGUACAAGCUCCUAGCCGAGGACUGGCCGUUCGGCGUGCACGUCUGCAAGCUGAUCCCGUUCAUCCAGAAAGCCUCAGUGGGAAUCACCGUCCUCAGCCUGUGUGCCCUCAGCAUUGACCGCUACCACGCCGUGAUCUCGUGGAGCCGGGUGAAGGGCAUGGGGAUCCCCCUGUGGAAGGCCAUGGAGGUGACCGUGAUCUGGAUGGUUGCCGUGGUGCUGGCCGUCCCCGAGGCGGUGGCCUUCGACAUGAUAGAGAUGUCGUACAGAGGCAACAAGCUGCGCAUCUGCCUGCUACACCCGGAGCAGGCCACCAGCUUCAUGAAGCUGUACCAGGAAGUUAAAGAUUGGUGGUUGUUCGGCUUCUAUUUCUGCCUCCCGCUGGCCUGCACCGGCGUCUUCUACACCCUCAUGUCCUGCGAGAUGCUCAGUCGCAAGAAAGGCAUGCGGAUCGCACUCAACGACCACAUGAAACAGCGGAGGGAAGUGGCGAAGACGGUGUUCUGCCUGGUGCUGAUCUUUGCUUUCUGCUGGCUGCCGCUCCACCUCAGCCGCAUUCUGAAGAAAACCGUCUACGACGAAAAUGACCCCAACCGCUGCGAGCUGCUCAGCUUCCUUCUGGUGAUGGAUUACAUCGGGAUCAACAUGGCCUCUCUAAACUCCUGCAUUAACCCGAUUGCCCUCUACUUUGUCAGCCAGAAGUUUAAAAAUUGUUUCCAGUCCUGCCUGUGCUGCUGGUGCUACAGGACGUCUCCUCUGGACGACCGCUGCUCCGGAGGACGCUGGAAGGGAUCUUGCCAUGGCAACGGACUGGACCGCACCAGCUCCCGCUCCAGUCAGAAGUACACAAGCUCUUCAUAGACACUCACUCUCUCUCUCUCUCUCUCUCUCGCCGCGCCGUCCAACCAAACCGGACAGAUAUUCCCCAGAAUCUGCUUUCCCACCCGGAGAAACAGCUGUGUCACUGCCAACACACACACCAUCACUUUGGAGUCAGAAGUGGGAUAAGGAUGAUCCAGGCUGAAGGGGUUUUGUUUCGUUUUCCUUCUGCAGACUGAAAGACUGUGAUCGACCCAAAGGUGGAGAAUGAAACUACAGGAUUGUCACCUGUUCAAGCCGUUGUAACUCACGCCACCAACCAACGCUACAUGAAUGUGUUUGAGGAUACAAAGCCUCUCAAUGGACCAGAUGAAGUAGAGUUAGGUCAAGCCACUUGUAAAUGUGUGUACAGGGUUAUUUACAUGUAGAAUACAGACUUUAGCCUAUGUCUAGCUGCAGUGCUUGGAGUACGAACGAGCGCUGAUCAAUCAGCCCUACCGGUGAUGCUGUAAUACCUCGCAGGGGAAACCGUGACACAGUCAUUCGAGACUCAAAGGACUGGAGCCUUUGAGAGUCUCCGCAUCUCAGAGGCAUCGCUGCUGCCGAGACAUCAAAGACCAGCGCGCCGCCUUAUCUGGCAAAAGACGCAGUCCGUGCUCAGAGUUCACGGAAUCUCCCGGCAUGAAAAAGAGAAACAAAAAAAAGAAUCGGGGGCCCUUACUGUGAAUCUCCCAGUCAUG